AAAUAACAUGGUAAAUAACUAAAAUAACACGCAUUGCACAAAUUAUGCAUUUAUUUCAAAUAUGUAUGUGUGAUUACAUAUGUACUAGAUAUAUAUUAUGCUCUCCGAUGUUUAUUACCUAAAAUGAUCUUCAAAGCGUAGAAUUAUCAUUUAAUCAUCAAUUAAACUAAUAAAUAAUAGGCUAUAUAGUUCAAACAUGGAGUUUUUCAACAUGUAAUUUACAAAAGAAACUGAUUGAGGAAAAUCUAGCAGAUGAUUGAUUAUAUGAAGACUAAGUGAAUUAUACUUUGAAUACUAAUUAUUUGAUUAUAAAUAUUCCUAUAUCUUUCAUUUUUUAAAAAUGGCCUCUACUUCUAAAAGGCAAGCUGGUACCAAGAAGAAAGGUGUACCAAAAAUGGAAUUAACUGCAGAACAAAAAGAAGAUAUAAAACAAGCAUUCGAUCUAUUUGAUCCUGAUGGAACUGGAAGAAUUGCUACCAAAGAGCUUAAAGUGGCAAUUAGAGCUCUUGGGUUCGAACCAAAGAAAGAAGAAAUAAAAAAGCUUACAGCAGAUGUUGAUCCAGAUGGACUUGGCACUUUAUCAUUCGAAGAGUUUUUGAACUUGAUGUCUAUAAAGAUGUUGGAAAAAGAUACAAAAGAAGAAGUUCUAAAAGCAUUCCGUCUUUUUGAUGAUGAUAAUACAGGAAAAAUAUCGUUCAAAAAUUUAAAAAGAGUUGCUAGAGAACUGGGUGAAAGUCUUACGGAUGAAGAAUUGCAGGAAAUGAUUGAUGAAGCAGAUAAAGAUGGUGAUGGAGAAGUUUCUCAGGAAGAAUUCCUACGUAUCAUGAAAAAAACUAGCUUAUAUUAAUUUCUCAUAACUUAUUCA